ACGAAAGCGCACUCAAGCGGGCACAUGUGCGCAUGCAGGGCAGUCUUACGUACAGAUUUACACCUCCUUCGAGAUGUCCAAGGGGACCCGCUUGAGAGGUUCGAGCUACGUAGAAGUUGUGUUCAGUUUAUUACUUUGACUCGCAAGUAUGAUGCUGAAUAGGGCAUCUGGUUAGGGUUGGGAUAGUUUCUCUCCGCUGACACGCACCUACAUAUCAGCUUUUGGCCGUGCUGCUAUUAUCGAAUUUAAAAGAAGGUUAUACAUUUCUCAUUUGGUUUUUACUUUGGUUUGUUUUCCCAGUCACAUGACGCAAAUUGAAACUGCGAGCCAGGUUUUAGCCGUGAGUGUGUGUCUGUGGAACCGCGUGCGCCCAUAUCUGCCAAGCGCUGUCAGAUUGACAUCCACGGAGACAUGAACAGCUCCUUCUUCGACCAAGCCCAGGGCGUACUAUUCAACAGGAGCCAAGUCCUCGCUGGUACUCUGGCGAACUGCUGCAACGCGACCGACGUGGCAACCAGUGACGGCGGCUCGCUGGCGCUACCUCCGGACGAGCGGAAACUCUUCAUCAGUCGCGUCGUACAGAUCGCCGUCCUGUGCGUACUGUCGCUCACCGUCAUGUUUGGUAUCUUUUGCCUCGGCUGCAACCUCAUGAUCAAAUCAGAGAGUAUGAUUAACUUUAUGGUGAAGGACCGGAGACCUUCCAAAGACGUAGAGGCGCCGGGGAUGAUAGGACUCAGCUAGUCUCUGGCGCCGGGAUGGAGAAUGGUGUGUAGCAGCGCGCCACGGACUCAUAGCCUCACCACGCUGUAUUUUGGGCAGCACGCUGAUAUGCAAUGCGUUUGAUUUCCUUACGAAAUAUGUUUGCCAAUAAAGACUGCAAUUGCAGUCAAGCGCGGACAAUUCCUCACAUCAAAAGUUCAAGGAGGACAAGGAAUGCAUCGUUGUUUACGCAUAGGCUGUUGGAUAUGGUUUUGUUUUUGACUGUCAACUUGAACAAAGUAAUGGACUCUUGUGAUAUAAGUGUUUACACGUUGUUACCUCAAAUUCUAUUUGCAAAAGUCGAUAUUUCAUAAUUGUUCAAGUAACAAAACUAACUCGUCAGCAACUUUACGCAUGCAGAUGUUAUGUUUUUUUCCCUUUCCAGUUCUGACAGUAGGCUGUGGAUGUUUUGGAUGUGGGAAUUCUCUGAAAAUAUAUUUUUCUUGGUCCCGUUUCUUAGUAGCAUGUCGGGCAAACACCCAAGGUGCUGGGAUCUUGCAUGUUUAACAAACCCCAUCACUGCUUCAGAUAGUGUUUUCUUGUUCAGUUCCAGCAUGCACGCGGCUUGGUCUGUAGCCUACCGUACAAGGUGGUAUUUGGACCUACUGUUUUUGCACUUUUUGAAAGCACCUGAUGCUGCAUGAUUUUUGUACCACGAUGAAACUUGAAUGAAAAGUGCAGCAUGCUACGAAUAAACGUGACGUUGUCGUAUCUCUUCAUUGAUAUCCAUUGUACAUAAUGUACCUAGACUACCUGUUGCAGUAGAUUCGAUUUAUUAAUGUAUGGCAUAGGCCUAUCGCACAAAGCAGCAUAAAUAUGCAGUAUAAAUUAAACAAAUGAAUUACAUUUAAAUGUGAUCGAGGAUCUUGUGCAUGUUAUACUGUACUGUAAUACCAAUAACAGUAACAACAACAAUAAUAAUAUAAGAUAA